AUGGAAUAUGUAUAAAGUAAAAUUUAUUUAGUAUUCUAGAAUAUUAAUAAAUAGUAACGAUUAUCCUUAUAUAAUUGAAACCCCCUAUCAUAGCCAUGAACGCUAAAUCUUAAAAUAGUACAUUUGAAUUUGUAAUCCAUGUAAAUGAAUUACUUGAUUAUGCUCUAAAAAUUUUUAGAACAAGAAAAAAUUGUACAGAAAAAUCCAAAAUAUAUGAAAGUAAAAAUUAUUUCUACAUUGCUGUUUAUAAACAAAAAGAAGAUGACUAGUGGUCAUAGAAAUACUGA